AUGUUAUGUGUUACCGCAGAAAUCACGAGGUCCCAGCAAACAUUUUCAACGCUACAAAAUCAUUCUACGCCGGCCCCAUCCACUGCUCCAAAAUCGACAGAUGAACAACAUUCCUUUGUGGCCAUAUUUCCAGACAUUGUACGAGACCUGAAAGAAGUUACCGACAAAAAGAUUCGCCCAGAGGUUAUCUCGUGGUUUGAACGCGCGUUAACAUAUAAUGUACCACAUGGCAAGCUAAAUCGUGGCUUACUGACUGUACAAACAUACAAACAUCUUGUAUCAGCAAAUUAUUUGACGCCGUACAAUAUAAGGUUGGCCCAAAUUCUUGGAUGGUGUGUAGAAAUGUUACAUGGCUCCUUUGUGCUCUAUGAUGACAUUGUGGAUAAUAGCUCAACCCGACGAGGUCAAACCUGCUGGCACAGACUUCUUGAUGUUGGCCUAAACGCUAUUGGUGACGCAACAAUGUUGGAAAAUACUAUGUACAAUUUGCUGAAGAAGUAUUUUAGAUCAACUGAUUGCUAUUUGUAGCUUUUGGAAUUAUUCCAUGAAAUAACUUUUAUCUCGGCCUGUGGUCAUAGCAUGGAUUUGCUGAAUACCAAAAAUGAUGUUUUCUCAUUUUCCAUGGAAAAGUAUAAUGCCACAGUGGUAAAUAAGGGCGCUUAUUACACAUUUUACCUGCCCUUUGCCUUGGCAUUGCAUUUAGCUGGCAUUAAAGAUCAGGAAGUUUUCUUACAAUCCAAAACCAUUUUACUCGAAAUGGGCCAUCUCUUUCAAGUACAAGAUGAUUUUUUGGAUUGUUUUGGUAAACCCGAAAUAACAGGGAAGAUUGGUACUGAUAUUCAGGAUAACAAGUGUACUUGGUUGGCUGUGGUUUGCAUGCAAAGGUCCAAUGAAGAGCAAAAACAAAUCAUGAAGGAUUGCUAUGGAAUAAAUGAUCCUGAAAAAGUUAAAAUAGUGAAAGAACUUUACCAUAGCUUGGAACUUCCUAAUAUAUAUACAACCUACGAAGAGAAAUCAUAUGACAGUAUUAAAACUCGUAUACAACAGACAUCUGGAGUGGUGCCACAUAGAACAUAUUUGCAACUUCUUGAUACGCUAUAUAAACGUAAUUUAUAAGCACGGUUAGCCAACAAAUAAUAUGGGGUGAAGUUCGAAUUCUAAUUGAAUAUCAUAAAAUGCCACAACAUGAUGUUUUAUGUUUUCCAUGAAUCAAGCCAAAUCUUGA